AUGAAGGGCGUAAAAUUUAAAGACAAUUUUGUAAAACUGAAGGAAGAAGGGCCGAGAAAUGCAACAACAACUAAUUUUUAUGGUUCCUACUUUUUAUCAGAAAAUGAGCACGUGUUUGACAUAAACGAAUUUGAAGAUAACUUAGAAAUGAAUAUGAUGACGCAUGAAGAAAAUUUACUAAUUUUAGAAAUUAAGAAUUUAAAUGUAUCCAUUGCUAAUGCUUUAAGAAGAAUUAUGUUAUCAGAAGUACCAACAAUUGCAGUAGAGAAAGUUAACAUUUUUCAAAAUACUGGAAUUAUAGCAGAUGAAAUUUUAUGUCAUCGGUUGGGAUUAAUUCCAUUUAAAUUUGAUGCAGAUUUAAUAAAUUAUAAAGACGAAUGUGAAAAAUAUAACCACUUAAAUUGUUUUUGUUUUAAAUUACACGUAAAAUUUACAAAAAAAUUAGGAAGUAAUGAAAAAUAUCGAAGUAUAUAUUCGAGAGAUUUAAAGUGGUGCCCAAUUAAUGAACAACAAAAAACAAAAUUUCAAAAUAAUCAACCCAAAGUUGUAGAUGAUAAUAUUUUAAUUACAAAAAUAAGUAAUGGACAAGAGAUAGAAUUAGUCUGCUUUUUGGAAAAGGGCAUUGGUAAAACUCAUGCCAAAUGGUCACCUGUAUGCACAGCUGUUUAUAAAAUGUAUCCAUCAUUCUCUUUUAAUACGGAUGAAGAAUUUACUAAGGAAGAAAAACAGGACUUGAUAAAUAUUUGUCCAAAAAAUGUAUUCGAUAUGGAAGAUAGUGAUAACUUGGUAGCAAAAAAACCAUUGGAUUGUUCAUCCUGUAGGGUAUGUAUUGAAAAAUAUCCAAAAAAAAUCUCUUUUGAGAAAAUCAAAAAUCAUUUUGUUUUUACCAUAGAAUCCACAGGUUGCUUUCCCGCAGCUGAUAUUUUUAAAAAAGCACUUCUCAUUUUGAAGGAAAAAGUACUUAGUGUCAAGGGGGCACUUGAGGAUCAAACGAUGGUAUUAUCUUAA